CUACCAAGAAAACAUUUUCUAGGAAAUCAUUUUUCAUGGAAACAUUUUCAUUCAUACCAAACACAAUCUAGAUUUCGAUAUCUUAAUAAUAAGGAAAGUCAUUUUACGAGGAUAUAUUAUCUCUAAUUCCGAAAUCACCUCCUUAAUUGCUUCUUUCUUUCCUUUUGCAAAAUAGACAAAGAAAGAUGACUAAGUGGAGUAUUAUGUGAAACCCUUAAGAACCAGAAGAAAAGAUCUCUGAAGAAGAGCCAAGUAACAAGAAAAAUGCUCCGUAGAUUCAUUGUUUCCCCUUAUGAACGCCUUUAUAGGGCAUGGGAGAUUUUCCUGGUGGUACUAGUGAUUUAUACAGCUUGGAUGUCCCCUUUUGAGUUGGGAUUUCUUAAGGAACAAGAAGGACCACUCACCAUAAUUGACAAUGUUGUCAAUGCAUUCUUUGCAAUUGAUAUAAUACUCACCUUCUUUGUAGCAUAUCUGGAUAAAACCACGUACCUACUUGUUGAUGAUCACAAGCAGAUUGCUUGGAAGUAUGCAAGAACUUGGUUUGUAAUUGAUGCCAUAUCAACAAUUCCUUCUGAACUUGCUCGCAAGAUUACCCCAACUCUGGUACGUCAAUAUGGCUUAUUCAAUUUGCUACGUGUCUGGCGUUUACGAAGAGUUGUUGUCUUGUUUGCCAGAUUGGAACAAGAUCGGAAUUUCAAUUUCUUUCGGGUUCGAAGAGUGAAGUGUGUAUGUGUCACUAUUUUUUUCGUUCACUGCGCUGGAUGUUUUAAUCAUCUAAUUGCAAUUAAUUAUCCUAAUCCAACCAAGACAUGGAUCGGACAUUCCAUGGAUGACUUCCUUAAUAAGGAUAUCUGGAUUCGUUAUGUCACUGCUAUUUAUUGGUCUAUAGCUACUCUCACUAGAGUAGGCUAUGGUGAUUUGCAUCCAAUGAACACACGAGAGAUGAUAUUCAACAUUUUCUACAUGCUUUUUACCUUUUGCUUGACUGCGUAUUUGAUAGGAAAUAUGACCAAUUUUGUGAUCCAUGGAACAAGUAGGACUAAUCAAUCUGUAACUUGUCGGGAUCCACUGCCGGAGACAGAGCACAUGUUAACCCAUGCUAAAAUCUUUCCAACAAGAGUUACAGUAAGUUGCCCUGAAAAGGGGGAUAUUACAGGGGACCUUAUUUUAGUUACACGUAGCUUUCAAGAGCUGCUAGACAUUGGUUACAAAAUAUAUGGGAUCAAGCAGGCCAAAGUGCUGAUCAACGACUGGGCUGAAAUUGAUGACUUUGAGUUGAUUAGAGAUGGUGAUCAUUUAAUUUUUGUUAGUGAUCAAGUGAAUGCUGAACCAAACAACUAAAUAUUGAUAACCUAAACUAAAUUAAAGUAUCUAUAUAUCAUUUUCUCAUUGUUGAUAUUUUGUUCUUUAUCCUACUUAGAUUGUUACUUUGGCUUGUUUCCUCGAUCAUCUUUUUUUUACUGAUGCUGUCAGUAUUCCAUUUUUAUUUGUACACACUUUAAUUUUCAAAGCCAAAAAAUCGAAAAAACCAAUUCGAAAAUGAAGAAAACCGAACCAAAUG